AUGUUUGAUCGAUCAGCAAAAGGUUCUCUGAAAACGUCCAUUUCUUCUGCAUGGCUUGACCACCUUGAAGUUGUGCCUAGAUUCAAUCAUGAUUUGACCAUGAUAUCCGCCCUUUGCGUGCACCUGCAGCCCCUUUUUCUGGCUCGUAGUUGUGUGGAUACCAAUCAGACUGGCCCUCACCCAUCGAGGAGCUCCAGUUCCUUGUGUCUUGUUUUUUCACGGGACGCCAUGGAGAAGUUUGAACAAAGCAGCAACAAGGAGAUGGACGAGUCUGACAGGAAUCAGCAGCCAAUGCAGAUGGACCAGAACAACCAGAAGACUCAUGCUGUGCAAUCUGCGAAGCAUUCAGAAGGAGAGAGGGAGGUGAAGGAGCAGAGGUACGCUCGUCGUGCGCAGAGCCGCAGCCGCAGCGCGCUCCGACAGGAACAGGAAGGCCCCAAGGCCGAGAGUGAGGGCGAGGAUGCGCCGCGCUUCUCGCAGCAUUCGCGACGGCGGCACCAUCGCCACCAUCGCCGCUACGCGCGUGUGCGCAUCACUGGCCUUCUGUGA